UUCUGUCUGUGUCUCUCACUUUGUCCGUUUGUAGACAAACAAAUCUCUACACUCUCUUCAGUCCCAGACAAUCUAAGGCCUGAAUUCUACAGAGACAAAACAGCUACACACACACACAUAUAUAUAUAUAUUGGAGAGAGAAAAGAGUUUCCUUAAUUGAAGAUAAAUUAAAAAAGUUCAGUGCUCAGGUGGGGAGAGCAACAGAGAGAGAGAGAGAGAGACAGUAAUGAUGAUUAGUAGUUGUUUGGUUGUUGGUUGAAGCUCCAAAUCGUUACGAUGGAAAGAGAUUUGAAACUAUGUAUAUCAACCUAAUUCUAGUUUCACAUACACAAAAAAUGAUAUCAACAGGAAUCAAUUUGGUGAUGACCGUGAUUGGAUUCGCGGUGAGUACGUUGUUCAUCGUUUUCGUUUGCACGCGACUCGUUUGUGCUCGAAUUCAAUUGAACGCUUCGAGGCGGUCCUUCCCAAUCUCUUCUACUUCUAGAUCUGAUUUUAGCAUACUGGUACGGGGUUUACGCGGCCUUGAUCCUCUUGUCGUAGCCAACUUUCCGACAAAGAAGUACAGUGAUGCAUUUGUUUCCUCUUCACAAGAUGCUCAGUGCACGGUUUGCCUUGCUGAAUAUCGUGAGGAAGAUACAUUGCGUAUCCUUCCUUAUUGCGGGCACUCCUUUCACGCAGCCUGCAUUGAUAGAUGGCUGCAUCAACAUUCAACGUGCCCAGUUUGUAGAAUUUCAUUGCGGGAGAUUCCUGAGAAAAAGUGCAUGCAACCUAUGUUCAGUUCAGUCAUCCGAUCUCAUUAUAGAAUGGAGUCCCUCUGCACCCAUUCUUAUAACUGUCUAUCGACAAGCCCCAGCUUUUCAUCAAGAGCACAGGAUGAUUAUCGGAUGCGCACAAUUGAAGAGAAUCAGUUUGCAUCAGAGAGUAAUGGAGUGGAAGCCAGAGAGAGCAUCUCCAUCUUGAUUGAGGAUAGUCAGACUGCAAAAGAUUCAGAAAACAAACAUGUGGAUAGCACAUCUAAUACAUAAAAUGAGAAGCGAUUGGCCCUUUAUUUGUAAUAUAGGAAAGUGACUCUACAAGUGUCUGUUUCUGAUUUGGUCCAAGCUGCAAGAUUGAGACUUCGACAUUGCUAUGAGAUUGAAAAUAGGAAACAGGAAAUUUGAUUGUUCUUGCUUGUGGCUAGUGGUACAUAUAGCACAGUGAUUUUCUCAACAGAGCUGUUGCUAGGUCAGUUGUAAAAACCUGGAUAGUUCAAGUUUGUUCAAAAUCCAGACAGUGUAAUUAGUGCUUCUUUUGCUUGCUUUAUCUUAACUACUUUCCAUCUGAAUUGCAUA